UCAUUGCUAAAAUUGAAAUUUGAGUUGAACUAAUUUAGAGUCUUCAAAUAAGAUCAAAGAAACGUCUGGUAUACGAGUGUAUAAUCAUAUGACACGUACACUUCAAAUAAGAUCAAAGAAAUGUCUGGUAUAGGAGCGUGUAAUUAUAUGACACGUUUACUUGACACGUACACUUCAAAGAAUUCACAUUUUAUUUGGCAGAAUAAAAAAAUCUGUGCAAACUCAGCCAACCAAGGAAACUAAGCAAACUGAAAAUAAACUAGUAGAAAAUAUUUUUCCAGAGUCAACCCUAAAAAUAUUCCGAGUUGUCCAUUUAGAAAAUUAUAUAACACGUACACUGCAAAUAAGAUCAAAGAAUCGGCUGGUAGGUAUAGGAGCGUAUAGUUAUAUGACACGUACACUGUUAACACAAUUAGUGUUGUAGACGGGAUGUGGUCAGCAGUGUACCCACCACCCACACACACGCCCACACACACACUAUAGGGGAUCUUCUAAUUAACCAACACGUACACGGUAACCAUACAGACGCCCUUUUAUGGGCAUAUGAGUACAUGGAGGUCAUUCGACACUUAUAGCUGUCACACAUAUCCGUUUCUCAUUCCAUAUAUGGUCGUUGCCAUCCGACCCUGAGAACAGGGCAACCACAGCUGCUUUGAUGAGACACGUCGUCAUCUCAGAACCAUCAGAGGAUAGUGGGUGUGGCUGUGGUUCUUUACUGUAUGAUGGCAUUUGGUUCACCUAGUACCUGUAUAAAACAACAGCAUGCAAUAGCUUCUUCCUAGAUCCUAUCAACGACCUUUCCCCUACUUUCACUACUGACUACUACGCAGGCUCCUUAAUAUAUUUCAAUUCUAAGUGAAAGGAUCUUUACCAAACCAAACCACAUUGCUGCAGCUCUGCUCCGUAGUACAGUGACUGCUGCAAUGAUGUCUUACAAGCUUGGUUCUGUGCUGCCGCUGGAGGAGGACAGCCUGCACGAGUUCAAGGGACACAGGAACCUUGCUGUGGAGGAGCUGCCUCGCUGGGCUUUCAUUCCAGGCACUAAUAGGAGGUCCAGGACACCUGUUUCAAGAGCUCUGAAUGGCUUCCUCAACACUGGCGGAGGUGGCACUGUGUACCUGGGUGUGACUGAUGAGGGGGUGGUCAAGGGACUCUACCUCAAUCAGGAUCAGAUUGACCACGUGAGAGUGUCACUGGCUGACCUGAUGAGCCGCUACUGUCCUCGUGUGUCCAGGUCCAGAUACAAGGUGGCAUUCUGUCCAGUAGAGGGCACUCGGUAUGCAAGAUCUCAUCUAAAUGACAGUGGCUACAGCUCUGACUCAGUAGAGCCUACCUCCUCCCCACCCUCCAAGCAGACCAAGGCUCAUGUCCUCCGUACUUCUACGUACUGCUGGUGUGAUCGGGCAGCCUUGGCUCUAUACAACCAGGGCGUACAGUUGCCUAUCUACGUGAUAGAGAUUCGUAUACUGCCGUUUGUGCCCAACCCCUCAGCUCACGAGGACACGCUCCAGCUGGCACCGGUCUACCAGAACGAAGAAGGGACGUCCUUUCUCAGGAAAACUGCUUCCAACAAAUCAAUGAAGUAUCAGGAGAUUGCUGAGUUCACUCGAUUGCAAGCUAGGAACCAUUUUGAAAAAGUUCUGAGAAGGCAAAGGAGCAUGCUCGUUAUGUACCAGAAUCUCUACACAUCGCUGCUUCUGUCUGGGCCGAACAUCAGUUAGUGCAGCCUCGUUGAUUGAACCUCAUUCUCUUAAUAAGAACAUUGUAUCGGAUCACCAUUUUGUAUGCAAUUAUUGGACCUUAAUCGGUGAUUGCUUAACAUCAUUUUACCGGAUCAUUCAUUUCAUCAUUUAUUUCAUCAUUUAUUCUUUCCCAUUUAUUAAUUGAUUUCAAUAACAAUUAAGUGAAUAAAGUAAUAUUAAACACCUGAUAAUGAUAAUUAUAGCACUGUACACUUCAUACACUAGAUUCACAAAAGCACAAAAUAAUAAAUAAUUAUUAAUACUUCAUUAAUUAAUGACAUUUAAUUGCCUAUAAUAUUUAUGAACAACAACUAUGUAGUACAUACAACAGUUUCUAUCCUACCACCAACAUUGUAUCCGUCUGAAACUCGUAAUGGGGGACUUCCAAAUUGAGAGGAGCUGGCCCUUUCCUGACACGCCCUGAGGCAUCGUAAUGAGAGCCAUGACACGGACAAUAGUAGCCUCCGUAAUCUCCAGCAUUUGAGAUGGGCACGCAGCCGAGAUGAGUGCACACACCGAUCACCACCAACCACUGCUCUCGAACAACUCGCUCGUGAUCAUGCUGAGGGUCUCUCAGAGAAGUGACGUCCACACCACGUACUUCCUCAAUCUCGUCACUCGAACGGUUUCUAAUAAAUAGGGGCUUCCCCCGCCAUUUUAUAAUCAUGUUUUUCCCCUCUGGAAUCAUGGACAGAUCCACCUCGAUAUUAGCCAUGGCCAGGACGUCAGCAGUAGCAGACAUACUGCUCAGUAGACCAACGACAGAGUUCUUAGC